UUUUCUUCUUCGCUUCUGUUCUGAUUACAAAAUUUAAAGCUCAACGGUAACUGUUAAUCAAAAUUCUCGCACAAGUUUCUCAGUUUUCAGCAUUAAAAUGAGAGAAAAUUUGACAAGGUGGCUUUACCAGGCUAUGGGAUUUCAGAAUGGGCUGGCUAGAACUCAAAGAAUUGAGUCCAUUUCAAAAGCAACUAAGCUUAACAAGACUGAGCCCAAGGAAGACCAAAUGGACAUUUCUACUGAUGUCAAAUACAUUUCUUGGUUGAAAGAGCAUCCUUCAGCAUUGAGCUCUUUCGAGGAGAUGAUGGACGUAGCCAAGGGGAAAUGGGUUGUCGUGUUUUUAGAUUAUGACGGGACUCUAUCGCCAAUUGUGAAUGAUCCUGAACGUGCCUUCAUGUCUGAUAUGAUGCGCUCUGCUGUACGCGAUGUUGCAAAGCUCUAUCCAACAGCUAUAAUAAGUGGAAGAAGUCGACAGAAGGUUUAUGGUUUUGUAAAGUUGGAUGAUGUGUUUUACGCGGGGAGCCAUGGGAUGGACAUAAUGGGACCUGCAAUUCAAGCUAGUUGUUAUGAUGGAAAGUACCAAAGCAAGGCCCUUGAUCAAAAGGGGAAUGAACUCACUGUCUUCCAGCCUGCUCAGGACUUUCUGCCUUCAAUUGAAAAGAUGUUGAAUGAGUUGGAGGAAACAACUUCGGAGAUAAAUGGAGCUCUGGUUGAGGACAACAGGUUCUGCAUCUCUGUUCAUUACCGGCAUGUCUUACAAGAGGAUUUGGGGCUGCUGGAAAAGAAAGUUCAGACACUAGUUGCCAAAUACCCCGGUUUUCAUCUUACAAGGGGUAAGAAAGUUAUAGAAAUACGUCCAUCCAUAAAGUGGAACAAAGGCGAUGCUCUGGUUUACUUGCUUGAAACGCUAGGAUUCACAAACUCAAGUGAUGUUCUCCCGAUUUAUAUAGGGGAUGAUAAAACUGACGAAGAUGCUUUUAAGGUACUUAACAGUAGAGGACAGGGGUAUCCUAUUAUAGUGUCUAGUAACCCAAGGGACACAAUGGCAUCUUACUCUCUACGCGAUCCAUCUGAAGUGUUGUCAUUUCUGAUACGGUUGGCCAGAUGGGGGGAGGUUUCCGCGGUGUAGACCACUUAUCAAGUGGAGCUGUGACGGAUAAGUUAAUUAUAUCUAUCCAAUGUACAGUUGAAAUAUAUAAAAUAUCGAUAUGUAUACAUGGUAAAACUGAAAGGAGUGGGAUCCUGAUAUGUAUACAUGGUAUACAAGGCGUUUUUUGUGGUCCGCCUAAUAUGGUCCCAUUAGGUUUACAAAGUAGUAGUAGUAAUAUGUAGACUUAAAAGAAUGAAACUGCAGUUGGGUGAAGUUUUUUGCAUCUUUUCCCAAUUACUGCAGCUUAUCAAUGGAAACUUUUGAACUUUUUGGUUUUGUGUCAAGUUUUUUGUUGCAAUGCAAUGGUUUUUCACUU